CAGGGCCUGACAGGAAAAAGAGUAGGAGGACUAAGACAACCACUGCACCUUUCACACACUGCAGGAUGGAUUCAAAGUAGAUUCUGCCAUCCUGCCUCAGCUUUACAUUUACCCCUGAACCCCAAGCCCGUGUACGGGAUGGAAAACCCACCUUUCUUAAGAGAAUCGCCAAAAAUAAACAUUUUAUCAAAGCCAGAAGCUGUAGAGACUGAGAGAAUCGUCGGAUUUUCAGCUUUCCCGUGGUCCGUGAACUAACCAUGUGUGACUUACGCUUCCGUCAGAGAAUGUGGCAGAAUUUAAGUUUCAAUUUGAAGUUCCUCGAAAUCGCUCCAGUCUAGUGGAUUUUUUUUUAAGUCCAAAAAAUUAACAGGUUGCUCUAGCUAAAUCAUUAAAAAAAAGAGAAAAAAACAGAUAAAUCUACGCUUCUCCCCGCAGCCACGAUGACCUCGAUGUCAGCCGCCCAACACGUGGUCACGUCACACUAACGCAGUUACCUGUCUUUGUUUUACAAAAGAGCAGAUCCUGGAUGAACACACGUGGAUGCCACACACACAUAAAACAUAAAAAGUUUGAGUUGUAAAACACAUUUAUCAUGGCACAAAAAGGUUAUAGAUUGAAGAAAGCUGUUCGUAAGUUACUGGAAGAGAGUUUGAGCUGCGAGGACGAAGAAAACGACGAAGAAAACGACGAAGAAAACGAAAGAAAACAACCGGAGUCGAGGCGAGUCAGGCGAGGAUUCUGAGCCGUCUUCAUCCGUAUGAUUCUCCUAAAAGGACACUAGAGGUGAUCUUCAAUCAGAGAUAAUACAGUAAAAGACAGUGCUCUUUGUAGAAAAGGCAGGGGCAUCGUCCAUGUGGGCGUCAUGCUGUGGGCUGCUGAACGAGGUGAUGGGCACGGGCACGGUGCGGGCGCAGCAGCCGGGGUUUGGAGCAGGGGCGGGGCCCUUCCGCUUCGCCCCCAGCGCUGGGUACUCCACCUACCCCCCCACCAGCUCAGGGAGCGCUGGACAGCUGUGCAAGGCCUGCGGUCUGGCCUUCUCUGUCUUCAGACGCAAGCACAUCUGCUGUGAUUGUAAGAAGAGUUUCUGCGCCCUGUGCUCGGUGCUGCAGGAGAACCUGCGCUGCUGCACAACCUGCCACCUGCUGCGCGGCACGGCCUUCCAGCGGCCUCGGCUCAUGCAGCUCCGAGUGAAAGACCUGCGCCAGUACCUGCUGCUGCGCAACAUCCCCACCGACACAUGCAGGGAAAAAGAGGACCUGGUGGACCUGGUGCUCUGUCAUCAGGGGACGAGGGAGACCCAGAGAACGGUGGUGGAAGAGGACGAGGAGGACGAGGAGGAAGAGGAGGAAGAAGAGGACACACAUGAGGAGGAGGAGGAGGAGGAGGAAGAGGAGGACGAGGAGGAAGAUGAAGGGGGAGAUGACACAGACAGUCUGCACUCCCUCCCCCACUCCCGCGCCGCCUCGCCCCCCUCCGCCACGCGCUCCACCUCUGAACAGUCGGUCCUCUCCGCCUCUCAGGGAGACGUGCUCAGCCCAAGUGACAGCUCAGGGACCACCAGCCAGGAGCAUGAGGAUACUCCAACAGCGUCCCUCUUGAACCUGGAGCCCACUGAAAAUAUCAUGGAGGUCAGUCCGGCGACACAGAGGAGGAUCAGGGCCUCGCUGUCUGAUCUGGACAAUGAAGAAGCGAUAGAAAACCUCUCCGUCCGCCAGCUCAAAGAGAUUCUCGCCAGGAACUUUGUCAAUUACUCCGGCUGCUGCGAGAAGUGGGAGCUGCUGGAGCGAGUGCAUCGACUCUACAGAGAAAAUGAGCAAAACAGGAAAUCCAUGGAAAAUGUGAGCAUAACUGCAGUGGUUGCAUAUCCUCCACCUCUCUGCAACAGUGGUGUUGGAGAUGGUGUCAAAGCUCAGCUGGCGGCUGACGAAAACUUGUGUCGCAUCUGCAUGGAUGCCAUCAUCGACUGUGUGCUGCUGGAAUGUGGUCACAUGGUAACCUGCACCAAAUGCGGAAAGAGGAUGAGCGAGUGCCCCAUCUGCAGGCAGUACGUAGUGCGGGCCGUGCACGUCUUCAAGUCUUAAAACUCCGAGCGUGUGCGCGUCAGAGCAGCCCUCAGGCGUGCACGUGGCCCGAGCCCUGAAUCUCUCACUGAGGAUGUACUGCCGUGCAUGACGUCUCACAGGGCCUAAUGCUGCAGCAGGCGCGAGCAACUUCCCGGUCUUUGAAACCAAACUGUUGCCUCUGGCCUACCACGGUUUGUCUCCCCCCCCCCCCCCCCCCCCCCCCCGAUCCCCUCUUACUAACUCAUGUUCCAGUCCCACUUCUCCUCCCUGGUGGGCCAUCUUCAGCUGCACCGGGACACUCACUCUUUCUCUCUUAGCUCUGUUAAACACACAGCAGAACCCCGCUGCCAUCACUUUCUACUCUCCAUUCUCUGUUUAGAUUUUACUCACAGGAGAGGAGAGGAGGAGGUCGCGUGGAUACUUGAAGUGGAUCGGGUUUUUUCUGUGUGCUGAAGGGAAACAGUGUGAUGAAAAAAAAAAAAAAAAAUAUAUAAGAUCCCAGGGUUAGAGUCAAUAUGGUUUACACAGUCAUGCCACAUGACACCGUGUUAUCUCCCUCAGUGUUCUUUAGGAUGUGCAAUAUCAGAAAAAAAAAAAAAGAGACUUACACGUUUCUAGAAAAUGUCAAUUCUUUAAUCCGAACACCACAUGCACCAAGUCGUCUCGUCUCACACGCAGGAGGGUGUAAGGUGCCAAACGUCAUGCCUUUGAUUGAUUGAUUGAUAUUUGGGUUAGGACUUCACAGUAUAUGCAUCUCAUAACCAGCAAGCUUGGUGUGAUAGUUUACUCCUUUUUUCUUUUUUUUUUUUCUGUUUUCUCAAAUGAAACUUUAGGAAAUAAAAGUGUGUACAUGUAAACCUUUGAACACUCACUGUGUGAAUGUGUUUCCUCAUAUAAAACGAAGUGCACAGAUGUGGUUUCUGCUGACGACACGCCACCUGCCGCACUACAUUCCUGUUACACGUACUGAGCGUGAAAGUUCAUUCUGGACCUUCUGAAGCAGCAGUAAGACAAAAAAAAAAGGGACAUCCAAACUCAAGGCCCAUUUACUAACUUUUUCCUGGCUUUAACCCACAUGUCACGGUCUUCAUCAGCGGAUAGCUUCCUCAGCGAUGGUUCAGCAUGACCCAAGGUGGCCCCCGGGGGAAGACCAUGAGAUGCAGCUGAAAGAUAAAGCUAUUAAGUGGCACCUUGAGUUAAGAUACUAUUUUUAGCUCCUUAUUCCUCUUUAAUUUUAAAAUAACUUCCACCAAGCAAUACCAUAUAAUUUACAAGUCUACCAAGUGUCUUUGUUCGAUUGUGUUGUCCGUUAAUGUCGAAUCUUAGGGUAGGUAACAGGUGCUACUUCCUCUUUUCUGAGUGUAACAUCCACAUCAACCUUUUUAUCAUGUUGUCGAGGCGUCCUUCCAGACAUCCAGUGAGAGGUAGAAGAAGCCUGGUUUACUUUAACCUGUUAUGCAAAUGAAACACUUUGUUUUCUUGUCAUGAGAUCCAGUUAACUCAGAUGUCACUAAAAUAUCUAUGUGUACAGUAUGCCUGUGGUAUGUUUAAAAAAAAAAAAAAGGAAAAAAAAGCUGAAUUGCUGUUUAAGUGAAUCGCAUAGAUAGUUUAUAUUGUUGUUUACUGAUAAGUUAUUAAAUGUAUAUUUUUCCAUGUACUUGGGAGAUGACAUGAUUUAAAAUUCUAAUCAAUACAAAGGGUUUAAAAAUAAAAAUAUACUGUUUUUCAGAAUGUAUUUCUGCUGGUUUUGGUCAGAAGAGUUUCCUCGGUCCUCUGAUCGCGUCAGUCUCUCACCAUUAAAGCUGCGUCCUGGUCUCGCUUUCUAGCACUUUUCGUUGUCGUCUGCUUCAGAUCUAAACCUGACACUGACACCAUGCACUGUAACAAACACUGUAACUCUGUAAGUCUGUUUGUUGAUGCUGCUGUUUCUCAAAGAUGUCAUUCAUGGGCAGCUACAGUAUUAUCAGAGUAGGAGGGGGUAUCAUGAGCACUCAUAAUCCUGGAUCUUUAUAUUUUGGAAUGUUGAACCUUUUUAUUUUGGUAAACAAGAGAAAAAUGAUUUAUUAGAUUCAAUAAAAUGCAGUACUACAAACCAAAA